UCUAGAGGAAACAUUAAUUAACACACUUAGCAAUCAUCAUUCCCGCAAGUUUAACGUAAAGUGAAUCGCAAGUGGACAACCGGUUGAACAAUGACCUUUACGAAAGAUUUGGUGCUACUGCUGAAGCCCUAUUAUUGGGUCAACAUUCUCAUGAGCAUUUCUUACAUAGUGGCCAAAAGGGCACCGUUCAUUUGCAACUAUUUAUGGACUUACCUGUUUCAGCAAGAAGACCAGUGCGAGCUAGAUGGCCGCGAAACAGAAAUUCUGUUCUUCCUGCUAAUUGUGGUCAUGAUCCGGACGCGUAAAACGGGCAGUGUGACGAUGAUCAAUUAUCUCACCUCUAGCUUCAUGUACACCAAAAUAGCGAACCUCGGCCUGUGGUUCUACAACGAUAUUCGCCUGGGCUUGAUAUAUUUUGUGUUCUUCAUCCUGGUCGCGCUGCUGCUACCAGAGCCAACGUACACCGGUCCAGAGAAUGUGGUCUACUUCCGUACGGAGAACGGGUUAGAAGAAGAACUGGAAAAGGACAAGCGUGUUACUUGGCUGGUGACAUUCUACACAGUGUGGAAUCCGGCGUGCGUCAAUUACGCUCCUAUCUUUUCCGAACUAUCGAACGAGUACUCGCUGCCUAAUCUGAAGUUCGGCAAGCUGGAUGUCGGCCGGUUCCCUAAAAUAGGCCAGAAAUAUCACAUAUCCGACAGUUCCUUCAGCAAACAGCUCCCAACUACGAUACUGUUCCGGCAGGGCAAGGAAGUGGCUCGACGUCCUUUCGCAGACAGCAAAGGCAAACUGGUGAAGUUCUUCUUUUCCGCUGACAACGUGAAGGUUGGGUUUGAUCUGAACAACCUGUACAAGGAGUGCCGCGAAAAUCCCAUUAAAGCAAUCAAAUCAGUCGCCGAGAAAAAGAAAAACUAAGAAUACCAUGCAUUCAAGUAGAGAAGCAGAUGCUGCCUUGGUAACGAAAUGCCAUUUUCAAGCAUUUUUACUAUAAUUUGUAUUGAGAGCUGUUUAUCUAAUCAUUUGUGAAGUGCAGUCGUUGAUGAGUGGCGCUAGAUGGUUAAUCGUGUCGAAUAUCGCACGCAUGUAUCAACAGAUGCCGUCAUUAGUCGUGCCGUGAUUUAGUCACGUAAAAAUACCUUAGCAAAACCAUUGUUUAUAGUUUCAUGUAUUUUAAGCUGUAUAAUUUAUGCUUGAAAACCAAUCGCACAUUUGAAAGUACAUGCUUUUAGAGCUGAAAAUAAA